ACAGCCACAGCAGAGUGGGAGAUAAGCAACAGCAAAGGCACAGAGAGAACUGGGCCCUCUGGGCUUCCCACACAACCCAGGUGAAUCGUGGGCUUGGUGCUGCAGGGAGAGACCUUAACUACUAUCAAUGAUGAACUUCCAGAUGCUACUGUCUAAGUGAAAACCAGAGGUCUGUGGCUCUCCACUUUCCUCACCCUCACCCUUUGUCAAGCUUGCAUCAGGAUGUCAGGAGCUUCCAAAGAGGAUUUGGGGCCCCGAGGGCUGCCAGCGUUGGGCAAGACCUCCUUGACCACCAUGGACAAAAAACUUAACAUGCUAAAUGAGAAGGUCGAUCAACUCCUGCAUUUCCAAGAAGAUGUCACAGAGAAGCUGCAGUGCAUGUGCCGAGGCAUGGGCCACCUGGAGCAAGGUCUGCACCGGCUGGAGGCCUCCCGAGUGCUGGGCCCAGCUGGGGUCGACCACACUCCUGCUGAUGCUCAGGCCAGGUGGCCUGAGGUCCUAGAGCUGGUGAGGGCCAUGCGGCAGGACACUACCCAGCAUGGCACCAGACUCGAGGCCCUCUUCAGGAUGGUGGUAGCUGUGGAUAGGGCUAUUUCUUUGGUGGGGACCACGUUCCAGAACUCAAAAGUGGUGGAUUUCAUCAUGCAAGGAACUGUCCCCUGGAGGAAAGGCAGCUUGGCUGAUGGUCCCGAGGAGAACAAAGAGCAAGUGGAAGAGAAGGGAGCCAAACCAAAGCAUGCACUGAGCACCAGAGGUGUGCAAGCCGAGAUCAGGGGGCCUUGGGAAGAGAGCCAGAAGGCUGACCUGUCAGAGGGGACAGUGGAGAGGCUGUCCCCCAUCAGCUCUUCAGGGAUGGGAACUGACCUCCUCAACCAGGCAGAGACCUCACCAGAGCAGGGAGACAGCAUUCCUGGCCCAGGCCAGGUGACCCCUGGUCAUCUGCUGCUGCCCAUGGAGGUGGAAGCCAAAGCUCCUGAGACAUCCAGUGAGAACCCUGGGACUGGGCUGGAAUUGUCUGCUACACAUGACAGGGUCAUUAAGGCCACUGCUAGCCAGAAGGCUACACCAAGUGUAGCACAAGGAACAUCGUCCAGCAAACCCAAUCCUCAGCCCUCCAAGAAGAGCAUGAGGCUGACUUCAGGGCCCAGUCCUCAGCCCCUGGGGCCUCCAGGCCCAGUAACUCAGACCAGAGCAUCUCACAGUGGUGGAGAAACAUCUCCAAGGAUCUCCAUCCACGUGCAGGAGAUGGAUACUCCUGGAGAGCUGCUCGUGACACGAGGGGGCAGCCUCAGCUCCAUGCCCCCUGCUGAGGCUCUAGCAGCUGCCCAUCCAGGUGACCAGGACCCACCUGGGCUCAAAUGCUGCUCCCAAGCAGCAUCAACUGAGUCAGGAGAAGGGGCACUCAAAGAAGUCAGAGAGCUUCCUGCACUGCAGAAGACGAGCAGCGAUGAGGCAGCAAAAGCAGAGAAACAAGGGCCUGGAGCUGAGGCCGAUGUGGGACCAAGUGUGGCCAGAAGGGACAAAGGAAAUGAUACUGCUGGGGCCUCAGGUUUACAGCACCACAAAGACUCAGGAGCAAGGACCCCUGAGCCUGGGAAGGACUGCGCAGCUGGGGGCCUGGGAAGAGCUGAAGUGGAAAGGAGAACGCCCCUGGGUGCCGAGGCUGGUAGCGUGGUUCUGGAUGACAGUCCAGCCCCACCAGCCCCUUUUGAACACCGAGUGGUGAACGUCAAGGAGACCUCGAUCUCGGCAGGUUACACGGUGUGCCAGCACGAGGUCUUGGGCGGGGGCCGAUUUGGCCAGGUCCACAGAUGCACAGAGAAGUCCACCGGCCUUCCACUGGCAGCCAAGAUCAUUAAAGUGAAGAGUGCCAAAGACCGGGAGGAUGUGAAGAAUGAGAUCAACAUUAUGAACCAGCUUGGCCAUGUGAACCUGAUCCAGCUCUAUGAUGCCUUCGAGAGCAGGAACAGUUUUACCCUCGUCAUGGAGUAUGUGGACGGGGGUGAACUUUUUGACAGGAUCACAGAUGAAAAGUACCACCUGACUGAACUGGACGUGGUCUUGUUCACCAAGCAGAUCUGUGAGGGUGUGCAUCACCUCCACCAGCACUACAUCCUACACCUGGACCUCAAGCCAGAGAAUAUACUGUGUGUCAAUCAGACAGGACACCAAAUUAAGAUUAUUGACUUUGGACUGGCCAGAAGGUAUAAGCCUCGGGAAAAGCUGAAGGUGAAUUUUGGCACUCCCGAGUUCUUGGCUCCAGAAGUUGUCAACUAUGAGUUUGUCUCAUUCCCCACGGACAUGUGGAGUGUGGGAGUCAUCACCUAUAUGCUACUCAGUGGUUUGUCCCCAUUUCUAGGGGAAACAGAUGCAGAAACCAUGAAUUUCAUUGUGAACUGUAACUGGGAUUUCGAUGCUGAUACUUUUGAAGGGCUGUCGGAAGAGGCCAAGGACUUUGUUUCCCGGUUGCUGGUCAAAGAGAAGAGCUGCAGAAUGAGUGCCACACAGUGCCUGAAACAUGAAUGGCUGAAUAAUUUGCCUGCCAAAGCUUCAAAAUUCAAAGUUCAUCUUAAAUCCCAGCUAUUGCUGCAGAAAUAUAUGGCUCAGAGAAAAUGGAAGAAACAUUUCUACGUGGUGACUGCUGCCAACAGGUUAAGGAAAUUUCCAACUUGUCCCUAAUCUUCAACUCAGAAUUUGUUGAGGAUAAUGGUGAAGUAAUUACUCAAGAUUUUGAAAUUUGGACUUUUAAUAUUUAUUCCACUGAUUUUGUAAAAAAAAAUGGUUACGACUAUUGCCUGUGAAUGAAAAAUGGCCAUAAAGAACACAUGCUGUAACCUUUUUUUUUUUUUUUUCUGCCUGGUAAGAUCACUAAGUUUGAUAUGUUGUGUUUACUUAUCAAGUAUACCUACUAAUGGUGAUAAGUGUAGGCCUGCUUUAGGUAGGUUGGGAAGCCCCUACUUUUAAAUUUUGAACUCUAAACAUACUCUGAUGAAAAAACUCAGUAGACUAUUACACAAGGAAAUGUUACUCAAGAUUAUCUCUUCCAGUAGAAAGAAUUCCUAGAAUUCUGAUUUGGUCAGGCAUGGGCUGACAUUUUAUUCUACUAUACUGUUCUAGUGUCAAGACGAUAGAUUUAGGACAGUGAUUCUCAAACUUGUUUUAACUUAUGCUCCCUUUUGAGAAUAAUCAACAGCAACAUGGAUCCUUCAUUAUUAUUUGAAAUUUCCAAAUACAUCGAUUGUCCUGGCUAAAUCAUAGCAAUGAUCAUUUUGAAUGUGCUUUAAAAUCUAUACACACCUCCACCCUCUCUCCUAACUCUGGCCUGUCCUGAUCUCCCUUUCUUGGUUAUGAAUUAUGGUUUUGUACGUCAGGAAACUGAAAAUGCAAUAUAUGAAAGAGAGGUAAGAAUGUAAUGAUGUUUAGCUUGCUGAGAGAAACAAAGAAAGGAUACAUCAAGAGACAAUAAAGGAAAACUGUUCUACUUUAAGGAUAUAUAGCACUUUUGAUGUCGUCAUUGUGUAAAUAUACAUUAAAUGUCCACUUUUUAUAACCCUGAAGUACAUGUAGUACAUGAGCAGUAAUGUCAUCCAUUCACUGAUUCAAACACUGUUCUCAAUGUGGUAGGCAACUAAAAAAAUGUAUAAACUUCUCUAUGUGUAUAAACAUUUUACCAACCUAUAAAAGAGUUAAAAGGGGUACUU